UAUCUUAUCUUUAUAUUUUUAUUGUAUAUACUUUGUUUAACUUAUACUUUGGACGUCAGGCCCGUACUUUUUGUACUCUUUUUAGUAUUGUUUAUGUUCACUACCGUGUCCGGGGUUUCCCCGGCCAGUGAACGUCCUAUUGUUUACACUCGCGACCAGCUGUUAGCCUUCCGUAGCAUGGCAAUGCUAACCGGCGAUAGACCCGCUGUUCCCCGCGAGCUGAGGAGAAGGAGACGGGGACGCCGUGCCGGGGCGAAGCUGUGAGCCAGAAGGAGACGAUACAGAUCUGUCCUUCAUCAUCACCAUGGGGAAUGUUAGAUCUCUCCUGAACAAGAUGGACGAUACAGACCUGUCCUUCAUCAUCACCAUGGGGAAUGUUAGAUCUCUCCUGAACAAGAUGGACGAGAGCGCGGCGCUGACCCGGCAGGAGAGGGAGUAUCGGGAGAGCAGUAUCCUCGUGUUUACUGAGAUGUGGCUAACGGAGCUAACCCCGGACACUAACGCUACACUGGAUGGUUUUCCUCUGCUGAGGGCGGACAGGAAGAGAGAGAGUGGUAAGAGGAAAGGAGGAGGGCUGGCUGUGUUUGUGAACGAUAGAUGGUGUAAUCCAGAGCUGUUAGCCGUUAGCAUGAGGCCCCACUAUUUACCUCGGGAAUUCACGCAUGUUAUCGUGAUAGCUGUAUAUAUUCCCCCCUCUGCAAACGCUGAAGAGGCAUGUGACAGCUCUACUGUAAGCAGACUGCAAACACAGCACCCAAAUGCUCUUCUCCUGAUCUCUGGAGACUUCAAUCAGGCCUCUCUCUCAAAAACUCUGCCCACUUUCAAACAGUAUGUUCCCUGCACCACCAGAGGCAAUAAAACACUGGACUUACUGUAUGCCAACACCAAGGACGCAUACAGCUCAUCCCCCCUUCCGCCCCUGGGCAGUUCUGACCACAACCUGGUUCACCUCCAGCCUGUGUACCAACCUCUGGUCCACAGGCAGCCGGUGCCCACGCGCACCGUGAAGAAGUGGUCUGAGGAGUCUGAGGAGUCUGAGGAGUCUGAGGAGUCUGAGGAGUCUGAGGAGGCCCUGAAAGACUGCUUCGACACUACUGCGUGGGAUGUGUUCACUGACUCUCACGGGGAGGACAUCAACGGCCUCACAGACUGCAUCACAGACUAUAUUAACUUCUGUUAGGAAAACGUCGUACCCACCAGGACUGUACGGUGUUUUCCCUGGGUUACCCCUGGAAUAAAGGCUCAGACAGAAAAGGGCCUUCAGAUCUGGCAACAGAGAGGAGCUGAAGACUGUACAGAGGAGCUGAGGUGGAAAAUCAGAGAGGGGAAAAACAGCUACAGGAAGAGGAUGGAGGAACAGCUGCUGCAGAGGAACGUC